UGUGACUAUUGGUAGUAUUUGAGCUUUCAGGAGGGCUAAAGGAAAGCCAGACGUUGUUAGAGAGACGUAGAAGGAAGGCUGUGGUACCACACCCACUCUCCCACUUGCUGCACAUCCCCACACUACUGCUAUGUUUCAUGACUUUGCAGGAACUAUGUUUUGGUAGUCAGUCUGCAGCGGCUUCUUUUUGUGUGCCUGACUUUGUCGUCCCCUAGAGGUGUCCCUCACUGGAAUUCCAUCCUUCUUCUUGGACUCUCCCUCAGACCAAUGCUGACCGAGCCGUGUGGAGCCAUGUCGAUGCCGGGCUCCGAUGUCCGAGAGCUGACUCUCCUGACUUCAGGACCGCCCGUGCCCUCCUUAGGUGGAUCUGCAGGGGGCUGCGGCCAGUGGACCCAACUCUUGGACCUCCAUCCCAGCUCACCUUACAAUUCCAUGUCUUCCCACCACUCCCUCAUCAAGCAGGAACCCAACUGGUGUGCUGCGGACCCUAUUGAGGACCCCCACUGUGGACUCGGGGCCUUCACGGUGCACUUCUCGGGCCAGUUUACAGGCUCAAGCCCAUGUCGAGUCGGGGCCUUUGGAGAACCAGCAACAGGCCAAGCUAGGGUUUUCCCCAGCGGGACCUACCUCCCCAGCUGUGUGGACAGCCCUCCUGCACCCAGGAACCAAGGUUAUGGUGCAAUGAGCUUAGACGGGAACCCCAGUUACGCUCAAACGGCACCUCACCACACCCCUCAGCUGUCCAGCCUGUCCUUCAAACAUGAAGAUGCACUGUCGCCGCCACACAACAUCGUUGAGCAGCAAUACCCUCCUUCUUCCACUGUAUUUGGGUGCCACAAUUCUGCGGAAUCAUGUCCGAGCAACCAAGCCCUGCUGCUGAGAAAUUACAACAGUGACAACCUGUACCAAAUGGCGUCUCAGCUGGAGUGUGUCACGUGGAACCAGAUGAACUCGCUUGCAUCUUCCAUGAAGAGCGGCCAUGCACCCAGCUAUGAAAGCGAACACACAGCCGCGCCCCCGCCCAUGCUACUCAGUGCCCAGUACCACAUUCACACACACGGCGUCUUCAGGGGGCUUCAGGAUGUCAGACGAGUUCCUAGUCUGGCUCCUCCUGUGAAGUCAUCAGAAGCCGAAGCCCAGAAGCGUCCUUUUGUGUGCGCCCAUCCUGGCUGCAACAAGAAGUACUUCAAACAGUCACAUCUUCAGCUGCACGGACGCAAACACUCGGGAGAGAAACCGUACCAGUGCGAUUUUACAGACUGCGGUCGGGGAUUCUCUCGCUCGGACCAGCUGAAGCGGCACCAGCGCAGACAUACAGGAGUGAAGCCGUUCGAGUGCGAGACGUGUCAGCGAAAGUUUGCACGGUCAGACCACCUUAAGACUCACAUUCGGACUCAUACAGGUGAGAAGCCGUUCACCUGCCGCUGGCCCAACUGUCAGAAGAAGUUUGCCCGCUCCGACGAGUUGGUGCGCCACCACAGCAUGCACCAAAGGAACUUGACCAAGCUGCAGCCGGCCAUCUGAGAAGAGGACAAAGAGGACGGUGCCAGCCAAAGAGAAGGCUGGGAGCCAGGUCAGGGGUCAUGGUGCCUUGCCAAAUGUGCAUAGGCGGAGAGCACAGCUGAUGCACACAAGAUGCACUCUUUUUGGGUCAUUUCCACUCCCAGCCCAGGAAUGAUUUUACAUAGCACUCUUUUGUUUUCUUCCACAAAACGUGCUAAACCGGAUUGAGGAAAUGAACAGACUGUAAAUACACACAAUGCACACCUAAUAACUUUGUACAUACUUUAUGUGGCUUUCUUUUAUACACAUUCCUUUUGUAUGUUCUAUGUUUUGUACGUCUAUAAAUGUGAUCUACAUCA